AUGUCAAGAUGGCGGGGUGCACGUACUAGUGAUCAUGACAGUGGAAUUGGAAGUGUUGCUAACACAACAAAACUGAGUCGAGAAACAUUUUUGCAAGAUCGAAGUACAACUGAUAAUCUAGACGAAAGUAUUGAAUAUUAUCAAACAAACAAAUCUACCGAUGAUGAAUUGUUUCAUUCUUCAUCGCAUACAAAAGAGUUAAUACCACAUCAAAAUUUAUUGUCAAAAACUAGAUCACCAGGGCUAAAAAAGAAAUCACGAUAUCAAUCAUUAACAGAUUUAACAAAAGAAGCAAGAAAAUAUUAUCAUUCAGAUAAUGGACGAAAGUAUCCAAAAAAAAUAAAAUCACCGGCAAAAAGAUCCAAUUCUGUCAAUAUCUAUCUGUCAAAUACCGAUGAUGAAGAAGGACUUCAUUCUGUCACAUCCUCACGAUCGAGUGGAUCAGGCGCCGAAAGUUCAGAUUCGCUUUACUACCACCAUGAAUAUUCAAAACAUGGCAAAAAUGGUUUUACAAGACAAUCGAGAAAAUAUUCAACAUCAAGUAAAGCCUUAAGACAUGAAAGCGAUUUUGAUGAUAACAAUUUAUAUCGAAGAAAACCAAGUGGACAUUCAGACUUAAAUCAGUCAGAUAUUGAAACACGCAUCACAGGUUCCUUUGAAAAUCUACAUGAUUCGAAUGAACUUUAUCAUAAGGAUCAUUUGAGUUAUUUACAUUGGGCACCUAGUCGUCAGUCGUCUAAAAAUCGUUUACAUCGCCAAGUACUAGCAAAACAUCUUCGACGUAGCCAUUCAGAUCAAAACAUACCAUUGAAUAAAAUACCACCAACGUCCUAUUAUUAUCGCCCGCAAACAGCACCAUCAAGUGAUAGAUACGUGAAUAUGGGUCGUCAGCGUCAGUCAAGUGAUAGACGUCAACAACAACACACAUAUAGCUCUUUUUAUGAUGAUAAUCGAUCAAGAAAAUCGGUUAGUUUUCCACCAACAUCAAUUUACAGUUCGUCUCGUAGUCCACCAAAUUUACAAAAUAAUAACAGAAUAUCAACUAGUAUUCCAUCGACUACAAGUCAAGCUACUUUUGUCACAAAGAAUCCGACUUCAGUUGAUAUAGAUCAAAGAUGUGUUCAUCGUUCACCAUUAGUUAAUACAGCGCAAAUGUAUCAGCAACCGUUGCGACAUCAAGUCCUUUCGCAACCAAUUCCUUACUCGAUUCGCCAAGAGAAACCAAUACCUUCAACAUCGAAUGGUACAUUGUACUUAGAUUCCAAAACAGGCAUAAUCUAUCGUUAUGUAACAAAUGAAAACAUUACACCAGUCAAUAAUCAGAUUAAUCCUAAACUAAUACCAUUGGUAACGUCAGAUAUAAAUACACAAAAGCCAUUAUCUCGUUGCACUUUAUGUGGAAGUUCAACUUAUCAUAAUCAUUCUCAACAACAAACUAUUUUAUCACCAACAUAUCAAUCACAGCGAAAUAAUCGAUCUACUAAUGGACUUGACGAUGGAUAUGAAAGUGAAGAACGAAAAAACCAUCAUCAUGGUAACCGUCGACGAGUCGCUGUUCAUGGCGUUUUAUAUGAAUCCCAUGAUAACAGUUAUGAGUCUUCCAGUGACGCUGAUCUGAAUGAUAUUGAUUAUGAAGCACUGGAUGAAACCUAUGAAAGAGCUCGUAUAGUUCAAAAUCGAUCGCACAAUUUAUCGCGAUACAUUAGUAGACAAAUUAAACUUGUAUUAACGUCAUAA